AUGCUUGUGAUGGUAGGGAGCUUGGUCGUCACGACGGCUACGGGUAGAGGCUUUCCAGUCGUCGAUUUCAUUUGCUUGAAUGAGCAGGCGGCCACAACUUCAACUGUUCUGGAGUAUUUCAAAGAAAAGAACCCAAGAUGGAAAGACGUGACAACCGUGGUCAUCGACAAAGACUUUGUUGAAUGGCAAGUCCUCGAGAAGUGUUUCCCCAAUACAAACAUUUUUCUGUGUCAGUUCCACGCGAUUUCGUACUGGAAGAAGGUGAUGAAGCGGCCCGCGUACAGACUUAAGAUGUCGCAGCGCGAGGAGCUUUUGCAGAUGAUGACAAAGCUGCUUUAUAGCGCGACGAAGGAUGUGUAUAAGUCUGGAUACCAAGAGCUCAAGCGGUACUGCACAGUGAACAAGAGACUAUCCUUUUUUGCUUACUUCGAGAAGAACUGGAAUUCGUGCCGUGUUAUGUGGGCAAACUUUGCCCGUGGCAAGCAUUUUACGGCUGGCAACACUACUACGAACCGGAUCGAGUCAAACUGGAACCAGCUGAAAAUGCUGCUUGGUAUGAAGACGAGGAUCGAAAAGACGAUUGCAGGCCUACUUCAACAUCAGAUGACUAUUACGGAGCAAAUUGUGUCGGAGCUGGAUAAACAGCACUCCUCAUCACGGCUGCCGAGGACAGUUCCUUUGUUCUUGCGAGCGGUGGCGAGCAGAUUAUCGAACAACAUGUUGGAGAAGGUGAAAAAGGAAUGGGAGGGGUUCGUGAACCAGGCAGAAGUGACAUCGUGUGAACAAAGUUUGACUUCAUGGGUGUGGAACGUUCACUGCUCGCACCAAACGUUUCGCUGUCACGAUCUUGAUUGGGUGUGUACCUGCUUGUUUUACACAAGUAACCACCUACCGUGUCGCCACUUAAUGUUGGUAGCAAGCAAAUAUCGCGAACAUGAUAAACUGCCUGCCAAUGCGAUCCACAAUCGAUGGAGUACCGUGUCUGCUCUGGAUAUCAAGGAUGAGCUGGUCAUCGCAGCGGCCUCGCUGCAGAAAGUUGUGAGCAUGUCAAAGUUACGGUUGCCGAAAAGGUUGCCCAAUGAAACCGAUGAGACGGAGGCUUCAGCAUCAACUAAGGGUGUGAACGAGGUUGUCUACGUUCGACUACGAAGAAAUGAGCGUGCGAACAAGAUUGUUUUAUCUUCUGCCGAGAAGUAUUGCUACGCGAAGGCUAUGCUGGAGCCUCUGCUCGAGCACUUGUCCGGCCUAUCGAUGUCAGUGGUGUCAACGCCAGCAGCAGCAACAAAAUCCGAAGCAGAAGAAUCACUACAGCAGGAACGCGUUCUGCCCAUAUCGCUGGAAGCAACAGCUACGAUCCCAACGAGUCGUGGCAGAGAGGGCGAAGAUGAGGCUGACAGGAAACCUGCUCGUCAAGUUGACAUCAUCAGCAUGCCUAAACCGAAGCGUCGUAUCAACUCCCGCGCAAUAACUAAGCAGCUUCGGCAGACGACAUUGGUCCCCGAACCAAAUCGCCCAGCCGAGUACAUGCACAACUUCGCUAUUCCGGUGGAUCUCACGCGCUCGAUGCAGGCUGCAAUUACUACAGCAAAACGCGAGCAGUGCAAACCUGACGAGCUGGAUGAGUCGGUCAAGAAACAUGGAAUCGUUCUUGACAUGGUUGCCUCGAUCGACCCACAAAUAUGGAAGUUUAGCAGCGCUUACAUAGGUUCUUUGGUGGGAUUCCACGCUAUCAAGACCAAGGGACAUAUGUGGUUUGAAGACCGGAAGUGGCUGGAGCAGAAUUGGCUGAAGUUACCCUCCAAUGUGAGCCUUUUUGCCAGAGAAACAAGAACUCAAGGUCUGUCAGCAGAUGCUGUCUGCAAUCGACAUAAAGCUUUGGCCAACGAGGUUAUUGCCAAGUUCGCUUCCAGCAGAUUGCUCACGGAGUUUAUGGCGCUGUCUGGAAACAGAACGAUCACUUUCGAGAACAUUUUGGGAGGGCUGUGUCGGGGUGGCUCAAUGACAGCCACAUCGAUUUCUGCUUGCGUACGCUUGGGAGUGUAG